GCACGCACGCGCACGCACUCGCUGCGGAUCGAGCUCUUCCCGCUUCGAGCUCGAGCUGCUACGAAUGCCGUUUGGCGGAUGACAGUUUGUUUUCCACAGCGGGCCCGUCUGACAAGAAGAGCGGACUUUCACGCCCUUAACUACCGGGAUUGUAACAGCUCCUCGUCAAUAUGAGACCGCUUUCUCCGACGUGUUAGCGUUUGCCCAAGGAUAUGAAUCCUGGCAACAUAUCUGUGUACAAGAGCUCUAGCCCAGCUGAGGGAAAGAGUGAACAAGCAUGAGGCUGCUGGCCUCCUCGCCACAUCGACUACAGCAAACACGCAUUUCCCCAAUGGAGUUUUAAGCCCUUUAGGAGUACAGACUGUCUCGGCCCACCAACACUAGUGAAUGAACACACAGGUAUGUAUGAGCACAGACAGAUAUAACAGCCCCUUCCCUUUGGUUCAACACCAGAGCUGCCCCUGAACAACGAACAAAAUAGUCGAGAGAGAAAGCGAGAGAGACUGAGGGUCCCAUGUGCCAUUGGGCUGAGGGGCUUUCGCCAUGAGCAGCACUUUGGGCAAAGAUAAAGACUCUAAGGAGAGGGAACCCAAAGCCGAAGGGAAAUCCAAAACCAAAGGGAAAGAUGCCAAAGAUGGUAAGAAGGACACAAGCGGCGCUUCGCCCGCCGUGGCCUUCACCUUGGAUAGCACGAUAAAGCGUCCCAACCCGCCGCCCAGCACCCGCAAAAAAUCCAGCAAUGCGGAGGUCAUCAAGGAGCUGAACAAGUGCCGCGAGGAGAACUCGAUGCGUCUGGACCUGUCCAAGAGAUCCAUCCAUCUGUUGCCCUCUUCCAUCAAGGAGCUAACCCAGCUAACCGAGCUGUACCUGUACAGCAACAAACUACAGAGUCUCCCGCCAGAGUUGGGCUGUCUGUCAGGGCUGGUGACGCUAGCGCUCAGCGAGAACUCUCUCACCAGCCUGCCCGACUCUCUGGACAACCUAAAGAAGUUGCGUAUGCUUGACCUACGACAUAACAAACUGCGGGAGAUUCCUGCCGUGGUCUACCGCGUCGCCUCUCUCACCACGCUCUACCUGCGCUUUAACCGCAUCACCACCGUAGAGAAAGACAUCAAGAACCUGUCCAAACUUACCAUGCUCAGCAUCCGAGAGAACAAGAUUAAACAGCUGCCCGCGGAGAUCGGUGAACUAUGUAACCUGAUUACGCUGGAUGUAGCACACAACCAGUUAGAGCACCUUCCUAAAGAGAUCGGCAAUUGCACACAGAUCACAAACCUCGACCUGCAGCACAAUGAACUUCUUGACCUACCUGAGUCUAUAGGUAACCUGUCAAGUAUAAACCGUUUGGGCCUGAGGUACAACCGUCUAUCCGCAAUCCCUCGAUCCUUAGCAAAGUGCCGAGAACUGGAGGAGCUUAACCUUGAAAACAACAACAUCUCUGUGUUACCAGAGGGGCUUCUCUCAAGCUUGGUCAACCUGACGAGUCUGACGCUGGCACGAAACUGUUUCCAGUCUUAUCCAGUGGGCGGCCCUUCCCAGUUCUCCACCAUCUACUCUCUCAACAUGGAGCACAACCGUAUCAACAAAAUCCCUUUUGGCAUCUUCUCUAGAGCAAAAGUGCUCAGCAAGCUCAACAUGAAGGACAACCAGCUAACAUCUCUUCCACUGGAUUUUGGGACGUGGACCAGCAUGGUGGAGCUGAACCUGGCAACAAACCAGCUCACCAAGAUUCCAGAGGAUAUCUGCGGCCUUGUGUCUUUAGAGGUUCUCAUAUUGUCCAACAAUCUCUUGAAAAAGUUGCCUCAUGGGAUUGGGAGUUUACGGAAACUACGAGAGCUUGACCUGGAGGAGAACAAACUGGAGUCUCUCCCAAAUGAGAUUGCCUACCUUAAGGAUCUACAGAAACUUGUGUUGACCAAUAAUCAGCUGACCACUUUGCCAAGAGGGAUCGGUCAUUUGACCAACCUGACAUACCUGGGCUUGGGAGAGAACCUACUGCAGCACCUACCUGAGGAAAUCGGUACACUGGAGAACCUUGAGGACCUGUACCUAAACGACAACCCUAACCUGCACAGUCUGCCAUUUGAGCUGGCCCUAUGCAGUAAGCUGUCCAUCAUGAGCAUAGAGAACUGCCCACUCAGCCACCUCCCACCCCAGAUUGUCGCUGGGGGCCCUUCAUUCAUCAUCCAGUUCCUCAAGAUGCAGGGACCCUACCGUGCCAUGGUCUGAAAUGGUCCUGCUCGAGGCUCACACACUGUAUAAACAAAUCCAAAAAAAGAGGAAAAACAGAAUCGCUAGUCGACGUUAUCUUCAAAGACAUCGACACCAUUAUAUCUUGGACAGGAAACUGCGUAACUUGGUUCCAAAUGGAGGAAUCCUAGCCAGUUAGGUCCCCUUUACACAGUCGAGUAGAACACAACGUCUAGACUUCUGUUGCCAAAAUUAAUGAUUCAUCAUUAGUGAUUCUGAGAAAAGAGCUCUUAAAAUGUUUCAAUCAUUUUGCCAAUUUCUUGAAAGUCAUUAUAGGGGUUCUUGGCGCCAGGAAAAACAGUCGUAUGCAAAAACAAACCGUUUUUCAACAUCAUUUUUGAAAAACAACAUUUUUGCUGCUGCUGCCGCCAUACUGUAUGUUAGUUGUUUCUUUGUAUUAUUUUUCUGUUCGUUUUUAUUUUUUUAUUUAUUUUAUUUUUUGUUUAGACAGAAAUCUUGUCCCACAACCAAAAGAUUUUUAUUGUACAGAGGACCUGUUUGGAAGCAGUGAACAAAUUUUGUGUUGAUUUUUUUUAUUAUUAUUAAUAUUAUAGAAAUUGUGCCUAUCCAGUGCAGUUGGGUAGUUUGUGUCUGAACAUAAUUAUCCAAGAGGUUUUAAUACAAAAUGAAUGAAUUUACUAAAGCAUAAUUUAUUCAGUAAUUCCUUAUCAUUUUGUAAUAAUCGUUGAUUACUUCCUCACUCCCUUUUUUCAACAUUCAUUCCUCUUUAAUGUCAAGCUAAGACACAUUGCUACGCCUAAAGUUGCUUAAUUCACAGCCAAUCGUAACAAGGUGAUAUAGGAACCAAACAAUGCAGCGUAACCGAAUCGAGAAUUGACAACAAACUAGUGCUGAGUUUGUGAGUUUAAAGGAGUCGGGGGUGUACGUGAAGUCCCUGAUCGCUCACUUGUUCGCCAUAUCUACAGUGUUGUGUCCUAUCGGUUUGCAUCUACAUAUCAGGUGCAUAUCAGGCCCACAUUUACUGUGAGGAAUGCCAAAACACCCAUUCGAAGGAUUUCUCGGACCGAUUUUGAUCUUUACCUACUAUUAAUAUUAAUAUUUCAGCGUUUUUUUUCAGGACACGGACCCUCGAUGUGGUCACCAGAUUUAGUUUCAUUCACCGUCACUCUUAUGCUGCUGCUUUUAAUGCACUUUGUACUGAUAUUUGGCAUCCACCUCAAGUAAAAGGGUCACGAUUUUUCACGUUACCAAUUAAACGAAUGGAUGGGGCAUUUUUAUUAUUAUUAUAAUUUUUCCAAAGUAUUUUAUCUUUUAUUUUAUUGUCUAUCCUGUAUAUUUUAUAACAACGAAUGAAAUCGUUUGCAUCAGCAAAUUUAAAUGUUAACUCAUUCUUUUUAAGGCGAUAAUUCUCUCUUUAUUAAAUGUUUUGAUUUCAACUUUUCUGACUAGUUUGUGUUUCUGUAUAUUUAAAUUUCAUAUCACAGGUAUCCUUUGAAAUGGUGCAAAUCAUCAAGUAUUGAUUGAUAGUAAGACCCAUUAUGUUUUGAUUAUACUUUUAUUUUAAAUGUGGAAUCGUUCAAGUAAAAAUGUAUUUUCUUUUGGUUUAGUAUUAUAUCGAGUGACUGUACAUUUACUCCACUUCUAUUUUAUCAAGCCAAAUGUCUUUUGUUAGGAUUGUGUUAAUUUUUUUCUCACCUUUCGUUUAUAUCGCUGGCAGCAGUGUAAAGACUCGCGGCUCUCAUAGAGGCACUUCACAAUAGUGGGGGCACGAAAACGGACACGAAUUGCUGCUUUUUAUCAACCAGCAGAACCUGUUGCUGCUUUAUGGACCUCCUAAAAACGUAAUGCUGUAAAAGAACCGACCCGGACGAGAUGUUACGGACUGGGCUCCCGGGGACGGUUCUACCAGCACAGACGUUCUGCUACAGAUGAAACCCCUCCGGAUCUGUUCGGCCAAUACGGUGCAUAUCUGGCGCCUGAUGCAGACGCUGAAUAAUAACUAGAAAAUGGAAAAAAACAAACGUUGUAAAAAGGGCUUUCUCUGUUCAUGCUUAAUUAUACACCAGAGGCAUUGCAUUCCUGGUUUUGUAUAAAAGCUUAGAACUGUACAUUUUCCUUUUUUUUUUGUGCGUGCGUGCGUGAAUGUGAGUGCGAGGGAAUAGUUAGAUGUUAACAAAAUGGAAUUAUUAUGUGACAAUAAAUGCCUUUUGAAUACUUCAAGUGAGACGUGCAUUAGGGACACGACAUUGUGACGUGUUCCAUUUACGGUUUUGAUUUUAUAAAGCAUUUAUGUGCCAUUUAUGCAGGGGCGUGGGGCUGAUUUUUAAGUGGAAAAACUUCGGAUGAGAGCGUUCCCAAACCAGGAAUGUAGUAGUAAAAAAUGAUGACGAAUAGUGACAGCACGGUUGGGGUGGUGAUUUUGAUUUUGAUCUUGUAACAUUCUGGUGAAUCCACACAUGAUUGGAGCUUAAGGGUUUGUUUAUUUUUCUAUUGUCUGUGCAUUUAGGUCAUAGAAAAACUGUAUCAAUGAAGUUCAUAUUCAUGAUCAUUUUUGUAGGAAUGUGUUAUAUGUUUCCUGCUUUUUUGCCUUGCUAUGUAUAGGAAACAAGCAUGUUAAUUUUCUUUUGUUUUUACCCCCCUUUUUUAAAAUUCAUAUAAUUGUCUGGGUGGGGCAGGGAUGUAAAAAUAAGUACGAAACAUGUUGCUCUUUCGUAACUGCAAAAUGUUUUUAUUUUUACGAUUCAUAGGGUUUCAAGUGAUGUGCAGACAUGUUUAACAUUACUUUCUCUCUAGAGGAACGGCCUUAAAGGUGAAUCUCUUGGUUUCUUUCUUUUUAACUCAGCCCAAAUGAGUAACAGGACCCUCUUCAGUCAGUCAAGUCUUUGCUUUGAUAAGCAUUCUUCAAAUAAAUGUUCAUUUGACUGCC